ACAAACCAUCAGGCCGAAACCUCGUCCUUAUUGUGAAAAACCUGGAGCGGAAGUGUUAUUGUUCUGGAAGGAGUAACCGCGGUGUCAGGAAACGUUGCUCAGCGAGUCCCGCUGAGACCUAAACUUGGAUUCGUUGAAGGCGGCGGUCUUUCCCCGGUGCUGGACUCGUCGGUUCGGGACACUUUAACGGUCCGGUGAACGCGCUCCAAACGUCAACAAACCCGCUAAAAGCCGCCAUGGCGUCGCCGCUGCAGAUGACGGAGAUGUACGACAACGCGCUGCUCGGCAUCCUGCAGCACGUCGGGAACAUCCAGGACUUCCUGCAGGUCUACUUCGGCUUUCUGUACCGCAAGACGGACUUCUACCGCCUGCUGGGGGCCCCCGGCGACAAGAUGGGCUUCCCCCCCGGGGUGGCGGAGAGGAUGGUGCUCAAGACCUUCCAGCUGUUCGAGAAGCUGGCGGAGAGCGACCGCGAGCGGCAGCGCGGCGAGCUGCGGAGGAGAGAGGAGAGCCGGCAGGUUCCUCCGGCGGGUCGAGAGCUGGAGGUCACCGCCGUGGAGGAGACGGAGGAGUCGGAGGAGUCGGAGGAGCGCAGCGCCCAGCAGGUGGAGGAGAGCUCUCCGCCCGACGCUCCGGCCUCCUCGGAAGGUUCUGAGCUGACGGCCGCGGGGGGGCAGGCUGCUGCAGCCGUCACGACCUCAACAGAAGUGACUCAGGAGAAGUUCCAGUGGGACCCCGACAGCUACAACGGCGCCAUGAGGGAGAACUACAGCUGGUCCCAGGACUACACCGACCUGGAGGUCCGCGUCUUCGUGCCCAAAACGGUUGUCAAAGGCCGACAGGUCCGAGUGGACCUGCAGACCGGCGGCAUGCAGGUGUGCGUGAGGGAGGGAGCCGAGGAGAGGACGCUGAUGGAGGGAGAGUUCACCCACAAGAUCAACACGGAGACGUCCCUCUGGAGCCUGGAGCCAGGCAGCUGUGUGGUGCUGUCCCUCAGUAAGACCUCGGAGGUCUGGUGGAACGCGGUCCUGAAGGGGGAGGAGGAGAUCGACAUAAACCAGAUCAACCGGGAGCGCUCCAUGGCGACGGUGGACGAGGAGGAGCACGCCGUGCUGGACCGCCUCUCCUUCGACUACCACCAGAAGCUGCAGGGGAAGCCCCAGAGCCACGAGACGAAGGUGCACGACAUGCUGAAGAAGGGCUGGGAGGCCGAAGGCUCGCCCUUCAGAGGGCAGCAGUUUGACCCCUCCAUGUUCGACAUCCCGCCCAGCGCCGUGCAGUUCUGAGCCCCCCCCCCCUCCCCCGCCACCCGUUUGUUGCGGAGAUGGCGGUUGUCGUGGCGACGGAGAAGGGACGCAUCGUCGCACGGGAUGAUUUGUUUGAUGUUUGGGAAACUGAUACUUUGGUACAUUUGUUGACCGUUUUGCUCUUAAUUUAAAAACUCUGCAGUGCCUCCAUGAGGGACUCCAUGAUCUCAUGACCCCCCCCCCCCCCCCCCCCUCGAGUUUCCAUCCAAAGUGUAGCGCAACUGAUUGAAAGAGGUUUCCAGAGAUGGGGGGCCGUGCUCUGGUUGUGGGGUUUGCUGCUGACUCAGCAGAUGAUGCAACACGAAGAGGAAGAGUUCAGCUGCUUUACCAGCUGAUGACAAACUGCUGUUUAAUAAAAGGAUUGUUCAUAUCAAAGCGUGUUUUUCUCCCCCCUUUACUUCCUUUCACUUUAAACGCAUCUCGUGGUCCUCUGCAGUAAGAUGAAAGUACUUCAUGCUUCUGCUUAUUGAUCCGAAAUCUACAAAGAAAGCAUUUAACAGCUUUAAU